AUGAUGGACAACCAGCAGUGGGAGUUGAGCAGACUUCUCAGCAGCUGUCGACUACCAGUGUUGAUCGUGGGCGCAGCAAGGCACGCACUCCUCGACGCGUUCUACGAAGUCCAUCACAGCGUAAAAAAAAGAAGGCGUUCACCAACGGCAAGGCUAGAUCACUGUACAACAGGAAAUCUAGCAAGAAGGCGCAGUCGCUACAUCUACUCUCAUCAAACGGAAGAUGAAGCUAGGGCAUACUACGACUGUCAGCGGGCAUCUCGAUGCAGCAGUAGGUCGAGAGCAACAUCUCGCCGCCGCAGCAAGACCAGGGAGCGAACACGCGGGGACAAAUUCCACCCAGGGCAACAUGUCGCCGCCGCAGCAAGACCAGGGAGCAAUCAUGCGGGUACAGUCCACCCAAUUAUGGACGACGGAUAUCCCCAAAAUCAGACUACACUUCGCGUGAGUUCA